AUGCAGAAGGACUCAACAACAUCGACCGCCCAACCGCUGGCGGAUCCCGACAGCUCAAGGGCCACCGCAAACAUGCGACAAAUGGAUGGACAACCGUCAUAUGGGCCGCUGGACGGCCGCACAACUGGUCCGAACACCGCUGCUGCACAACAAAAAUGGCUCGAGGAUCUCCACAGACACCUGGAGACAGCUCGAUGGUUCGCCAUCUGGGCAGCCAGCUCCAUCGGCAGCCCUCAAGGUUGCUUCCUGAAGACGGUUCCAGUCCUCGUGCUGGAGCUGCCUGGCAAGAGAUUACUAGUAAUGAAGAUGAGCCUAGCAGCAGCGUUAAGGCUGCAGAAGUCCUCGAGGCCACACCCGCAUAGAGAUAUUGACGGUCCCUAUCUAUUAUACGCGGGUGUCGAGCGAUCGUAUAUCCCAGUGGUAAUUCCGCCUCCCAAACAAAUACAUGUUGUGCAUGCAGCUGGUCUGUCGGGACGAGGGUACAUCUUUGCAUGCAGCUGUACGGACGUCAUUACCGCGCGGGCAGCACCUAGUGUAGCAUUGAGGACGAAGUUUGAGCGAUGA